AUGAUGGAUCAACAACAACAAAUCGAAAUCUCCAAAGAGGAGGCUGCAAAUUGUAUAGAGAAAUGUUUUUCAUUGUAUAUGACAAAGACAGAGAUUAUACUAACCUUACAGAAUCAAAGAAAUGUUUCCCCUUCAUUCUCUGAAACAAUGUUGGCAAAUUUAGAAGCAAGUAAUCCAGACUUUUUCAAGAUAUAUUACAAACGAUUAAAGAUUAAAGAACAAAUCAUAGAGUUUAACUUCCUUUCUCGGUUGCAAUUACAAUCAAUGUUGGAAGGAAAACAAAAGAAACAAUCGUUGGCUCAAACACCACUACCGGCUCAACACCACAACUUGAUGAUCCCAACUCAAGACAAUAAUGAUGGUGGAGGUGGAGGGGGAGGCGGUGGAGGUGGAUUAUAUAAUCCACUCGACCACCAUCAACAACAACAACUACAACAACAUCAACAACAACCAAUGGUUACUUCAGCAGCUCAAUUAUCAAUGAUGAAUGAUACGACGGGUGACAUUCAAACAUCAUCAUCUCCAUCACUUCCAAACAAUAUUGAUGUUAAUAGUAUGCUAGAAGAGAAUAACAAAUCAAUUGUAAAUAAUAUCAUGCGUAGAAAUAUAAUAGACCAAUCAACCGAUGUUUUAGCUCUUUUACAAUCAAGUAAUAAUCUUUCAACAACUUCAGGAGGAUUUAAUUUAACUGGUGGAGGAAAUGGACAAGAUUUGGGAGUUAUAAAUUGUACUUCUGGUACGACUCAUGGUGGAUUUGAACAUUCUGACUUUGGUUCAAUCGACUUUUCACAGAUACCUCUUACUGCUUCAUUUUCUUUUUCUUUGGCUGAUGGUCUUAAAAAUCCAUCGAUGGGUGGAGGACAGUCGAAAGGAGGUAUCGAGGAUAAUGGAAUGUUGAGAAAGUCUGCUGUAAAUUUAAACAUGUCAAUUGGAGGUGGUCUAGGUGGUAUUGGAGGUGAAUUGGAUUCUUACUUUGAUUCAAAUAAAUUAUAA